AUGUUCAACCCAAAACCAAUAAAUGAUCCCAAUUAUCGCAUACCGGGCCAGUGUAUUUGGUUAAAAUUAAAUGGUUCUUGGCCUUACGAUAAUCAUGAGGCAAAUAAAGAUUUCUAUUCGUCACGAUAUAUCUGGGGUUGGCUGUACACCGCCUGGUCAUGGUAUGUUGUGUGGUCGGUAGGCAUUACAAUCGGAUUUCAAACAGCAUUUCUGAUCAAUAAUCUCGGUGACAUAAUGAUGACAACGGAAAAUUGUUGUACCACAUUUAUGGGUGCCUUGAAUUUUGUCCGUUUGCUGCAUAUGCGCUUGAAUCAGCGACAAUUGAAAGUGAUCAUACAACAAUUUGUUGAGGAUAUUUGGAUAAAUAAAAAACAACAUCCUCAUGUUGCUGCCGUAUGUUCCCGCAAUAUGCGCACCUUCCGCAUUAUGACUGUGCUCCUGAGCUGCCUUAUAUCAAUGUAUUGUGUCCUACCAUUGGUGGUAUUAUUUUUUGAUGUUGGUCUAGAUGCCGAUGAAAAACCUUUCCCCUAUAAAAUGUUAUUUCCCUACGAUGCCCAUCAUGGUUGGCGUUAUGUUGUCACAUAUAUAUUUACAAGCUAUGCCGGAAUAUGUGUGGUAACAACACUCUUUGCCGAAGAUUCAAUUUUUGGAUUUUUUGUCACCUAUACAUGUGGUAAAUUUCAAAUUCUACAUGAACGUAUUGAUAAUUUGGUAUUGGAUGCCUAUGAAAGGGUGAGAAAUAAGGAGGAUACAAUGGAAAUACAGGAUACCUAUGUGAGGCUAUUAAAUCGCAUGGCUUAUGAUCAUAAUAAAUUAAUUGAAUUUGCUGCAAAAUUGGAGAAUUUCUUUAAUCCUAUACUCUUGGUGAAUUUUACAAUAUCCUCUAUUUUGAUAUGCAUGGUGGGAUUUCAAUUGGUCACGGGCAAGGACAUGUUUAUAGGUGACUAUGUUAAAUUCUUUGUGUAUAUGUCAUCUUCCCUGUCACAGCUGUAUGUUUUAUGCUGGAAUGGGGAUUCUCUUAUACAACAUUCCCUAGAGACGGCAAAUCAUUUGUACAUAUGCAACUGGGAAGGUGGACAAAUACGACCUACCUCCUCUAUAAUUCAAACUCUACAAUUAUCCGAACAGCUAUUUAAAAGGGGUCUACAAAAUAAAGAAUUAAAACGGAUUCAAGACACUUAUUAUAUUCCAGCAAACAAGAAGUUUCGUCAAAAUCUGGAAAUAAUGAUAAUGUGCAGCCAGAGGCCAGUGAAAAUAACAGCCCUCAAAUUUUCAACAUUAUCCUUGCAAUCAUUUACCGCCAUAUUAAGUACAUCGAUGAGUUAUUUUACUCUCUUGAAAACGGUAUAUGAUGAAAAUCAGGAGGAUGGUGCAACAAAUUAAAUAAAA